AUGUUCUUCUUUCUUGUGGGAGUGGUUGAGUGUCAAUUUCUCUGUACAUCCCCCGAUAUUUGUCCAAGACAUAAACCAUACUGUACAACAAGUGGGUGUGUGUUCGAAUGUCCAAAAUCAACGUAUGUAAAUGGAACAGAAUGUGUUGCUGAGUGUGGAAAUCAUCUUGUUUUUAAUAAAACAUGCGUGGAUCGCUGCCCUACAAAUAUGAUGUUAAGAGAGACACCAAAGCUUCUUGGAAGAGAAAUCUACAUUGAAAAACUAUGCGUGACCUCGUGUGAUUACAAUGAAUAUAUUUAUAACGGCACGUGCGUUAAAGCAUGUCCGUCGACGCAUAAUUACAUUAACGAUAAUAAUUGUUCAACUGGUUGUCUACAAGUUACGCCAUUCAUCAGUAAUUUAACAGUAAAUGGCUUAUCUGUUCAUAAAUGUGUAAAGAAGUGUGAAUACCUAAUUGAAGGCAGCUUCUGCACCAAUGUUUGUGACCGGAAGAAAUAUAUUUUUAAUUCCAGUUGUGUAGAUCAGUGCCCAGCUUCACAUUCUUUUUUAUAUAAUCAUUAUUGUGAGCAAACGUGUCCUGGCAUGACUGUGUUAUUUAGCAAUAACACAUGCUUGUCCAGAUGUCCAAUAGAUUACCCUUACGUUUUCAAUAACAGGUGUGUAAAUCGUUGCCCGAAAAAGAGCCCAUAUGUUGUAUCAGAACAGAACAGACUGUAUUGUCUGACAAAAUGUCCACAAAUAAUGUUUACCCACAAAUUGACAUGUGUUGAAAAGUGUCCUUAUGGAACGGUUACUGACAAUAAAAUGUGUAGAUCAGAGUGUUCAAAACAACGUCCGUACUCAUGCAAUGUAAAAAGUAACAAUCCAUGCAGCGUAGAUAUUCCCGAAGUUGCCCCAAAAAUAAACUACAAUGUCAAUGCAGGGUAUAUUUGUCUAAAAUCGUGUCCGUCUGACAAAAAGAUAUAUAAUUUCACAUGUUAUGAUCAAUGUCCAGCAAAGUUAUUUCUUAAUGGCAACGAAUGCGUUGAUAAAUGUCCUCCUCAUAACCCACAUGAACUCAAAGAAUAUACACCAUGGACUUGCAUUCGUUAUUGUAAAGAUAAAAAUUCAUUUUUUCAUGAUGGAUGGUGUACGAGUAAUUGUCCUGCACCUCUCAUUGGGUACGAUGGUUUAUGUUCUCACAAAUGUCCAGACGAUUUUAUUUGGUGGUAUGAAGAAUGCUCAGAAAGAACAGAUGCUGUAAAGAGGUCUGCAAUAACAUUUGGAAUCGGCAUGAUGUUAUUGGUUUUUGGAAUGAAUAUAGUAAAAGAAUAUUUCACUUUCCUAUACAUGGCAUUGCGUAUGAAAACCCAUCAAACAGUUGCGCGAGUUUUUGGCAGAAAUGUGUCUGUCAUAGCCAGACUUCUGUUUAAGUACCAACGCAUCGGUCGAGUUGAGGACAAGCGGCGGCAGCCUCGUGGCAGGGUCACAACCCCUGUACAAGAUGCCCAGAUUAUUGCAAGUCAUCUUCAAAACCGAUUUAAGACCGCCGAAUCGACUGCAUUAACAACAGUUGGUACACAUGGCAGACACAUUAGUAGCAAGACAGUUAUCAGGCGUCUCCGCGACCAGAACAUUCGCGCAAGACGACAAUAUCGUGGCCUUGUCAUGACUGCACGUCAUCGUCAACAAAGGGAACAGUGGGCCCGUCGGCAUCAGCGCAUGACACGUGCAGAGUGGGCAAAUGUCCUCUUCACGGAUGAAAGCCGCUUUAAUUUGUUCCAUAGUGAUGGUCGGGUUCGAGUUUACCGACGGCGUGGGGAACGGUUGAACGACGCCUGCAUCAUUCAACGUGACCGGUAUGGCGGUGGUUCCGUAAUGGUUUGGGCUGGUGUGUCCCUACAUACCAAGACCGACUUGAUCAUCAUUCGAGGAAAUCUGACUGCUGUAAAAUAUCAACAGGACGUUCUUAUUCCUGUCACUAUUCCUCAUCUUCACGCUGGUGGACGGGGUAUGAUCCUUAUACACGACGGAGCACCGGCACACACAGCACAUGCCACCCGGAACCUACUACAACAGCAAAACAUUCAGCAGCUACCAUGGCCGUCCAAGUCUCCAGAUUUGAAUGUUAUUGAACACCUGUGGGAUGAGUUGAAUAGGCGACUGCGCAGGCGAGCGGUACAACCCCAGAACCUACCAGAGCUGGAACAGGACCUGGUGCAGGAAUGGAGGAACAUUCCACAGCGAUUUCUGAGGAAUUAUGUAAUGUCAACGAGACAGAGGUGUAUGAAAGUGAUACAAGCUCAGGGAGGACAUAUUGGAUAUUAA